UACCUGGGAGGAGCCGGCUAACCGAGACGUGUCCUGGGAAGUCUAGAUAGAGUCCGGGUCUAAGUUUUUUUUUCAAAAUGAGCUCAUCAAGCUCAAGUGAUUCCGAUAGUAGUGAGAAGAGCGAGGAACGAGAUUUGUCGCGACUUUUGGUGAUAGAACCGUUGUAUGGGGGCGGCCACAAGAAGAUGAUCGAUAGUUUGCUGAAAAUAUGCCGCAAAGUUGAAAGAAAGGUUUAUAGAUCAACUCUCGCUGGCGUGGCUCAGAGGCGUCCCAAAUGGAUUAACGGGGUUCAACUCAAUUAUAAAUACGCCAUUGAAGUUGGACCUAAAAAACGAUAUACUUUAAUUACGAUGCCGCCAACUAAAUGGGAGUGGCGUUCAAGGUGCUCCGCUAUGUAUUUGGCGGAGAUAAUACCUCGAGAUCAUAGUUACGAAAUUCUGUUCUGCUCGUCAGUGUUGCCACUAGCAGAACUUAUCGGGAUUAGGCCAGAUCUGGCGCAUUUGUUUAAGAUUGUAUAUUUUCAUGAAAAUCAUCUUGAACUAACUUUGUACCCUUACGAAGAUCUCAACUAUCACCUAGGUCAUAGCGAGAUUAUGACAUGUCUGGCAGCGGAUCAGGUUUUAUUCAACUCUAAUUAUCAUGCAGAGUCAUUCAUUGCUGCGAUCAGCAAACAUAUGGCGAAACAGCCAGACUUUACGGUAUCUAAUUUGGAAAAAAAGAUCCGGAAUAAAAGCCAGGUGGUGCACUUCCCAUUGGAUCUACAUACAAUUGAAUUGUGUACAGGCAGUGCGAAGAAACGAAGGAAGCCCACUCUAUGUAUUAUUUGGCCCCACCGCUGGGAGUUGGACAGGAAUCCCUUGAUGUUCUUCAGAAUCAUCAAACGCAUGGAUGAUGAAGGCUAUGAUUUCAGGGUUAUCAUGCUGCCUUCAUCGUACAUGGUUGACCCACAAUAUCCCUUGCAGCUCCAGCUAAUGGAUGACAUACCCAAAUCCCGUUUGCUGGUCCUGGACGACAUUGAAAGCAGUGACAGAGCUUACUACGCAUCGCUCAAAUGCGGUGAUGUUAUUUUGUCGACAGCGAAACACGAAUUCUUUGCGCAUCAGAUCAUGGAAGGAAUGUAUUGCAAUCUGAUCCCCGUCAUUCCACGUCUCCCUGUAUAUCAGGAGCUGUUCAACGAUAUCAAGGACGUAUAUGAUAAUGAAAAUCAACUGUACGAGAUCCUAGUCGACCUUUGCGACAAAAAGAGAGCAGGCAUUCUUGAUGCUGAUCCUAAUUACAAGCGAAACACCUAUCGUUUUGAGAGCUGCAGAUGGUUCCAAUCCUUAAUGUCAGUCCUCAAAUGUAAACUGAUAUAAGUUUACAGAAGACUUUUAAUUCACGAUCGUCACGUCCUCUCACCAUUCUUGGAUCAACACAACUUACGUAUGGAGCAGUUCCCCUCCUCGCGCUGGCUACAUCUCAAGAAUGCCGAAAUGAUCACUGGCUGACUUGGGAUCAUAAUAAUCAAUAUAGGUACCUUAACCAUGAUUCAAUAGAAGCUGAUAACUAUGUAAACAAACAUUAUUACACACAAUUACACCAUAAUCAUACACAUUAUUUAACACGGUUAUGAAAUCAACUUAGAAAUACUUAAAAAGGGUACUAAAUAGGUAUCUAGUUGAAUCAGCUCCGUGAUCUUUACGCACAAUAAAUUGGACUAUCUAGCUAGGUAUCGACAAUAAUUUAACUUUCCGAUUAAAGAAUGCUUUAUUUUUCGCACCAUUAGGGACCGCCAGUACAUAGACCACAAAUACGGCAAUAUUAAUCAGUCAUAUUUGUUUACAUGAUUAUUGGCGUCUAUUGAAUCGGACUAUACAUUUCAAAAUGAUGUAUCAAUAACUGUGCCAACAGCGAAGUAUUUUGAAUUGUAAGUAAUAGAUAUUACGACUUUACUUUCACAGAUGCGAACUUUUUACACCAUGCCAAUAGAAUUUGAGAAAUUGUCAAUAUCUGAAAUAUGAUUGAAAUGUAUUACGAGUGUAAAAUAUGAAUUGACGUUGUAUUAUUAUGUAGUGAAACUCAAUUUUAUAAAUAAAAAAUAGGAACAGCAUUGAAACCUGCUGAUGACAUAGGUCGGCUUAUUUUGUAAAGUUUGCAAACUCUAUUGGUGUGGAUCAUUUAACUUUUGAUCAUUAUGCAACGCGAACGCUCAAAAGUUAUUUUUUUUUUAAUAAAUAUAAAUCUAAUCUAUAUCGUCGGGCGGACUCAUCCACAAUCAUUAUUUACUACCCCGCGGGGUACCGGGUAGUAGAAUAGUACCCCCCCUUUCUCUUCUCGUGGGUGUCGUAAGAGGCGACUAAGAGACAAUCAUAUCAGGGAAUGGGCAGCAGCGUCCCCUGAUUAACAUCUACGUAUACAACAUCUAUACGACUGCGACCACCAACCGUCUGUCACGGGAGGUGAGACUGCAUAAGGCUGCAGUGGUGAGAUCGAACACGUGAACACGCAAUGUUCAGCAAAAGAGUUUUUGGUCGGGUUCUAACAGCUGAGUGGUUUGAUAAUAACACGAAAGGUUCGGCAGCUUCAUAAGAUAUUCUAUCUCCAUUACCAAACAGAAACCUUAUGGUUUACUAAUGCUUCGAACUAUAUUCUGCUAAGAAACACAGGAACUGUGAUGUUUAAUUUUACAUGGCUUGAUUAGAUACACACAUCAGGAUCUGUAAUAUUUAAUUUAAAUUGAUAAGAUCACGGAAAGACUGAAGAGAAAUUUCGAAAUUGAAGAAAGAAUGUUUGUUGGAGGUGGAGUAUGAAAGGAAUAUUUUGCAGACUUAAAUCUGAAAUAAAUAAUACAUCAUUAUUACCGAUCACAAAUUUUAUCGUAAAGCAAUAAUUUGGACUAUAUUCACUAUGCAACACCUUUACUUGAACAGGCAUUGCUUUUCGAAAGAGUUUUUGGUCGAGUUCCAACGUGAUACAGAUUUAAAUUAACAUCUGUGAGAAAUUGAUAAAAUCGUGUAAAACCUAGACAAGAUUAAACAUUUUGGGAAAGUAAGUAAAAUAAAGAUUUCGGGUUGACUGGGUGAAUAAUGAAUAGAUGCAGAACACAAUCUUACAGCUUAAAAUCAGAAUUUGGAUUGGGAUAACUGAGACUCGCUGAACAUAGUGUUAUCCGUGUUCGAUUCCAUCCAGGAAUAGUCAGAAGAACACGACUAUUAAACUUAUGUUUAACUUUGUAUCCUAACUUACUUUCAUAGGUUUUUUUAAUAAGUUUUUAUAAGUAUUACUUUGUAUUUGAUUACCAAAGCAUGCACUAGCUUGCUGUGGUAUAAUUUUAUCACUUCAUUGACAAUUCUUAAAUUCAAUUUUAUCAUUUCUACAGAAGCAAUAUGCUUCUCAUUCCACUCUUGAGUGUCAUAUGGAAAUUUCUAUGUCUAUUUUAACCGUGCAAUAAAUAUCUAUAGAAUAAGAUAAGAUAAUAUUAUAACAAAGAAAUGCUGCGCUGAUAACAACCCAAAAUUUAAUACUCUACAAAAUCUGAAGUUGGAUCAAGAAUAAUUGCCAGAUACUUUGAAAUGCAAUAUCACCGCAGCAUUUCUUAAAAUUACAUUGGUGUCUAUGCUAUACCCUUGUUGGAACGAUUCCGCAACUACGGGAAUUUUGAUUCAUAACAACUUUGGUCUUGACAGUUGACGGAAUUUCUGGUCGAUUGGUAAAGAAUUUAUUAUGGAAAAUACGGGUUAUUUAACGACGGUUAGUCGAGUUGAGGAAGCUUCUACACGGCGAUGUUUGAAACGUCUGUUAGACACGGAAAUACAGGGGUCCUAUGGUCGUGUCUCGAUGAAAUUUUGGAUCGGCGUAAUCUUUUUUGAAUUAAGAGUACAUAGCAAUGGACCUAGGUUGAUCAUCCGAUGAGGCAGCUCUAAGCAUUAUUAGAUUAAGAUCUCUUCGACUUUGUUUCUCGUGCAAUAUACCAGCACCCUAACUUUCCUACACCUAUUAUUCCUUCUUUAUCUUUACCUUCUUUCCUCAUCACCUCAUUCCUCAAACUUUAUCCUACAAUUCUAAUUUAAACUCUUGUCUCUUAUUACCUUAAAUUAGGUUUCGGUGACAAAGUCCUUUCUUAAAUUCCUGUUUCGUAAUUUAUGCAUUUCUUGUUAUUGUGUUUCGUCUUUUAGUCGUUUUUGAUAAAAUUCUGAUUCUUUAUAUUACACUUACUAAUUUCAAUUUGCAAUUAAUAUUCCAUUUCUGCGAUAAGACAAUUUCCAUAUCUGAUCUUAAGAAAAAACUGAUAACUUCAUCCCUUAGACUCGGGUCAAAAAACAUUUCAAACUCUUCUCUUGAAGUUCUGACUAAAAAAGUAAACUUUCUACAACAUCGCAUUUGAAAAACUUAUCUCUUUCACGAACUUACUUAAAUCUUCAUCUGAAUUGUUAUCUGUUAGUCGCGAUUAUUUUACCACGACGAAACCUAUUACUAUCAUUCAUACCAAAGUCCUUCCCUUUUAGUCCUCAUUUACUUCUCAAGUACUUAUUACUUCAAUUGUUCCACUUAAGUAAAAUAAGUCGUGGUGAUUGAUACAAAACUCCUUUUUUAAUCGAAUCCUCUUUAGUGAUUUAUAAAGUGAAAUUCCUCUUCAUAAAAAUCAAAUUAACUUACACCUCUUUGUAAAAAAAAAUGUAUUUUCCAGUUAUUUAAGUCUAAAGGCCUAAUCUCAGUAAUGUCCCUUUAAUAAUCUCUCACAAAAUUCACCAUUAAAAAACACAUUCCCACAAUUCAACUUACGUAUUUCUAUAAGUAUAGUCCUAAUUAAUAGCUCUACUCUCUAAUAAAAAUCACCUCAAUUUCACCUACUUUUCUUCAAGUUCAGUUUCAAAUUAAUGUCUUUUAAGGGCAAACCAUAACGAAACCUAUUCUUACAAAUCUGAACUAAACGUCUUAACCUAAACUUAAUUAAGUAAAAUUACUUCACGACUUCGUCUCUAAUUUUUUAAGUCUAAACCCCUCCAUAUCUUACUUGACAUUAUUAAAGAUACACUUUUUCCUACUAUAGUACUUCAAAUCUGUAUCUUCCUCCUUGACUAUCUAAUUUCCCCUCAACCCUUUACCCUCAUCAUCUCGAUUAAUUAAGGUAAAUUAUUGUCUAGUAUGUAAGUCUGAAUGCCUUAUCACUGAGUCGCAAUUAAUAAAGGAAAUUUACGCGACGGAAUAAAUAACUUAUUUAGUAAAUGUUAUAAAAACAAAUAAAAUCCAAAAAAAACUUAAAAAACAUACCAAAUGUAAAAAAAAUCCAAAAAUAAUGUUAAAAAAAAUCCAAGAAAAGCAAAAAAACAUACUAUGUGUAAUGUAAAAAAAAACAACAAAAAACGAAAAAAAUAAAAAUAAAAAACAAAAAAAUACAUCUUAGAAGCCAUAAUCGUAUAGUUUGUAUUUUCACAUGACACUCAUCAUAAUGUAUUAAUCCAAAAGUUAAAUUUACUUUUAUUAUUGUUUAAAAAUUCUAAUUAGUUGAGAUCCGUCUAAAUCAGGAUGGAAGCUUGACACCCCGCGGGGUACCGGGUAGUAGAAUAGUACCCCCCUUUCUCUUCUCGUGGGUGUCGUAAGAGGCGACUAAGAGACAUUUUUGUCAGGGGAUGGGCAGCAGCGUUCCCUGACUAACAUCCAUGUGUAACAUCUCACCAACGAAUCGUCUACAAUUUGGGAAACAAUAUAUCUACAACUUGGGAUACGAAACGUCUAGAACUUAGGAAAAAAAAUGUCUACAACUUGGGCAACAAAUAGUCUACAACUUGGGAAACAAAUAGUCUACAACUUGGGAAAAGAAACGUCUACAACUUGGGAAACGAAACGUCCAAAAUUUGUGAAGUGAAAUGUCUACAACUUGGAAAACGAAACGUCUAUAACUUGGAAAACGAAAAGUCUACAACUUGGAAAACGAAACGUCUACAACUUGGAAAACGAAACGUCUACAACUUGGAAAACGAAACGUCUACAACUUGGGAAACGAAACGUCUAAAAUUUGGGAAGUGAAAUGUCUACAACUUGGGAUACGAAACGUAUAGAAGUUGGGAUACGAAACGUCUAGAAAUUAUGAAAAGAAAUGUCUACAACUUGGGAAACAAAUAGUCUACAACUUGGGAUACGAAACGUCUACAGCUUGGGAAACGAAUAGUUUACAACUUGGGAAACAAAACGUCUACAACUUGGGAAACGAAACGUCUAAAAUUUGUGAAGUGAAAUGUCUACAACUUGGGAAACGAAACGUCUAAAACUUAGGAAACGAAACGUAGAGAUGGAAAACGAAACGUCUAUAACUUGGAAAAAGAAACGUCUAAAACUUGGGAAACGAAACGUCUACAACUUGGGAUUACGAAACUGAUUACCAGAGGGCGUAUGUAAAAGAAUUUAGCCUACUCUUAAAUCUCAUAAUUCGAACUUAUCCACUAAUCAGAAACUUUAUCGUUAAACAAAGCUUAGAACUUUACCUUAACUUAAAAAAAACAACAGCUUAUGAACAGGAAUUGUCUAGCGAAAGCGUUUCUGGUUGAGCUCUACGAGAUUUAACUUGUGAUUAGUGAUAUUAAUGCUGAUCAGUUAUAACAUCUAGCUAGAUAAAACAGAGAGGGGAUUUGGGUGUUUAAAUUUAAUUAUUAUCGAAAUUGAGUAAAGGAAGCGGAAAAUACAUUUCAGGGACAAAUCCAGGUCGAUUGAGAAAACAUUAAGUAUUACAAAACGGUCUGUAAUUUUGGGGUAUUGGUAACAUCACAGAACGGAUUUGAUAAAAUGCAGGAAUUUACGAGUUUAAAAUUGAAAGUAUCAGUCAGCAGUAACAGAAAAGCAAAACAGUCGAUUUGGAGAAGAAUGAGGUGGACUUUGCACUCAUUUGACAAAACUCAGAACUUUUUAAACUAAAAAAUACCAGCAUAAUUUAGUUCCGGCAUGACGAGAAGAGCUAAGGAUAUGUCAAUUUUGGGGGUUUUAGAUUGAUAACAUCACUCGAACGGCUUUGAGUAAUGCAGGAUAUUUGCGAGUUUAAAAUUGAUACUAUCAAGUGACAGUGAUGGAAACGACAAAUUUAAUAUCAUAUUGGGAACCAAUAGACGGUUUCAACGGAACGGACAGAACAUUGCCAGUUAAACUUGUUUACUAUUGGAAGUGAAUAAGGGGAAAUGAAAAUCUUUUAGAAAAAAAAAGGAGUGAAUAAGGGGAAGGAGAGGAGAUCUUUUAGGAAAAAUAUCGGGAGUGAAUAAAGGAAAGUGGAGAUCUUUUAGGAAAAAAUAUCGCGAGUGAAUAAGGGAAGGGAAGAUCAUUUAGGAAAAUGGAUCGGAAGUGAAUAAGGGAAGUGGAGAUUUUUUAGGAAAAAAUAUCGGAAGUGAAUAAGGGAAGAGGAGGUUUUUUAGUAAGAAAAUAUCGGGAGUGUGUAAGAGGAAGUGGAGAUCUUUCAGGAAAAACAUCGGGAGUGAAUAGGGGGAAGAGGAGAUCUUUUAGGAAAAAAAUAUCGAGAGUGAAUAAGGGAAAGGGGUACAUUUUAGGAAAAAAUAUCGGGAGUGGAUAGGAGGAAGACGAGAAGUAGGAAAAAAUAUGGGUCGAAUUUGUAAAAAGGUUGGCGAGUUUCAUUAUUGGGUCUUAGAAAAAUGACGUUUUGACAGUCUUGCAGUUAAUAACCUGAUUUGUCAAACACUAAACCGUCCCAGCGAUGACAUUGUCAGGAGGGCAUUUCUAUCAAUAUUAUUAGAUCCGAUUUUUGCCACGUUGGACACUUGAUGCUAAGUGAGAUGCAUUUCGCAUAACAUCUCUGCUCUCAACUCUUGCCUUCGACUAUUAUUAUUGGACAGUGAAAAUAAAUCGGAUCCAAGAAAGAUAAUAUCUGGAUUUUCACAGUCAAUCGCACUUGAUGUUAUGUGAAAUGCAGUCUGGGAUGGUAUAUGUCUACCCUUUCGCCUUCGACUAUUUAUUAUAGGACAGUGAAAAUAUAUCGGAUCCAAGAAAGAUAAGAUCUGGAUUAUCACAAUCAAUCGCAUUUGAUGUUAUGUGAGAUGCAUCUCAUAACAGACGUCUUGUCGGAAAGCUUGUGAUAGUCUAUGCUAUCAAUACGUUGAUAGAAAUCUCCUGUUUUGAAAAAGCAAUGUAACAGUUUGAAAACAUAAGUCUCACGUUCUUUGAUAAUUCUCUAGUUUGGACAAACGAGACGCAUAUUCUCUCUAAUCUCUAACAACCGAACCCAUUAUACGUUGAACAUGCUUGUGUUGCGUAUUCGUGUGAUGAGUCCGCCUAUUAAGAAAACGACGAUUAUUAUCUUUUCUUUCAAUUGUUUUCUAGGUAUUUUUACUUUAGUAUUUAAGUAUUUUAUUCCGCCUAACUCACGUACCUAAUAUAAUUUUAUUGAUACAUCUGUGUAUGUUAAUUUCAAAUAAAACAUUAAUUUUAUCACUUUAGUAGAAGCGGCAAAAUUUUAUUACACGUCGACUGUAAUUAAAUGUUGCCGUUUCAUACAUUUUGUGUCUGUAUUGAUGUUAUUUAUGUUUUUAACGUAUGGUUAUGUUAAGCUAGAUAUAAGAUAAAUAUACAUAUUCUUUCAAGUAAUGUUGCGCUGAUAACAAUCUAAAAUUUGAUAGCUCUACGGACAUUUAAAGAUUUAAUUCACGACAAUUGGCAUAACAAGUUCUAUGAACAAAAUCACCGCAGCAUUGCUUAAAUACAUUGGUGUCUAUGCUAUACCCAUACUUGCUACUGUUUCGCAAGUAUGGGGUUUUGAAUACAUAUUGGAACUUGGAAGUCUGGAAGGUUGUUUGAAAGAGUUUUGGUCGGGCAUAUUUAAAAUCCGGUUAGUCGAGGAAGCUCCUAAAGGGCGAUGUUUGAAAAGACUGUUAGACACGGAAAUACAGGGGUCCUAUGUCCGUGUCUUGUUGAAAUUUUGGGUCUGAGUAUCUUUUUAGUAUAAGGUAAUAAGUAACAGUAAUGGACCUAAGUUAAACAUCCGGGGAAUAAGACAAACGGGACAGCUGCAUGAGCAGCAUUAUUUAUAUUAAGAUAAGUUGGUGUCUUUUUUCUCUCGUGCGUUAUAUCAGCACGCUAUCUGGAUGUCUAGGCCUAUAACUCCACCUGUUCUUUAGUCGCGACUAUGAAGUAACUUCCGCGACGACACAUUUGUAAUAGUUAAGGUAAUUUAUACUACAUUUACUGUGACUCUGGCACACUUCUACUUGUAUACUG